CCCGCCUUCGUGGUGUGGUUCUCCCGCCACCCUCCAGGUUUGGCCUCGCUGGAGAUGCAGGAGGCCGGUGCCAAGAGCUUCUACUUCUCUGCUGCUGCUGCCGUGGAGGGCCGGGAACCCAUCAAGUUCCACAACCCCAAGUACAUGGCGCUGCUCAACCACCUGCGGUUCUACCUCCCCCAGCUCUUCCCUUCCCUGCACCGCAUGCUCUUCCUCGACGACGAUGUCAUUGUGCAGAAGGACCUCUCCGCCCUCUUCUCUCUGGACAUGAACGGGGCCGUGAACGAAUGUUGAUCAUUCAUUAUGGAAGCUGGGGACAUUACCGCCAGGCUUACUGGCAUUCAACGGGCUUACACAUGCCAUCGAUCCGUCAUGGCACGUCCUGGGGCUCGGUUACAACCCACAUCUGGACAUGAAUGCCAUCUCUAAGGCCGCGGUUAUACACUGGAAUGGUAACCAGAAGCCAUGGCUGAAGAUUGCUUUACCGAAUUAUCGUAGCCUUUGGACGAAGUAUGUAAGCUUUGACGAUCCGUGGCUUUCAGAAUGUGGUGUAACAUGAUAUAACACCUCUAACCAGUUUGAACCGUGUAUGCCUCUCUCCAUAGUGCCUGAAUUAUG